AUGACUAUUGCUGCAUAUGCGUAUGAAACAAAUGAAGCAAGAAGAGCACAUGAACUAGUAAACGAAAACUCAACUUUAACCAUUGAAGGCAAUGAUUUAGUCAUUGACGAUGGAAAAACUAAAAAAGUCAUUGAUUUCGAUACUUUUAACACUUAUGACCCAUUCAUUACAAUAAGUAAAGUUCCCAUCAUAAAUGAUGGAACGGUGCAAUAUAUAAAUUCUACAGUAGAUGCCUCAUUAGUGAAAGUAUUAAAUGUUCUCAUUGAAUUGUUAAAGAGCUUUCGAUUUGACGACAACAUUAAAUGCCUAAAGAAUUUAGUCAUGAAUGAGAAACAAAUUCUCGGCGUUGCUGGUAGCAGUAAUGAUGUACACCUUAUGACAUUAGAAUAUUAUAACGAACAUAAAGAUGAACUGAAAGGAGAGAAGGGUGACACUGGACCUCAAGGACCACAAGGAAUACAAGGAAUACAAGGACCUCAAGGCGAAAACGGUUUGGAUGGUGAAGAUGGAAAGGAUGGAAAAACUGCUAAAUCAUGGAUAUGGAACCUUAUAAAUACUGGUUUAACAGCUGCUUCAUAUGGAGUUCUUCAAUACCAAAUCGGAAAGAUAUGGGCAGUACUUGGUGAAGAAGUUUUAGAUGAC